UACGCGUUCGUCUAACACGUGCGACCACUGUUCUUCGCGCAGUGACCGUUGUGCGCGCGGCGUCUUUGGCUUCUCCACUUUCGUUCGGCACGCAUACUCGAAAAGGGUCCGUCUACACGUCCGCUAACGAGAAUCCUUUAAUAUCAAGUCGAUCGCCAUGGCAGAGGAGUAUCUCUAUGGAAUCACCCUCGAAGGACUCAAUUGCAGCGAGGUAUGGGAUCCUGAACACAAGAACGACGACGCAGACGGCACGAACCAACAUUUCGGAGCCGAUCAGAAGCUUAUCAUAAAAAUGGCACUUUUAGGUCCAGAAGCUAAACCUGGAGAGCUUAACGUACUACAGGUUGAAGCAAUGGGGUUAAAGGGACCAAUUAAAACACCAAUAGCUUUGCUGGAAAUAGGAAAAACAGCGCAAAUUAUUCUGGAUCUCAGUUUUCCCGACCCACCCGUUACAUUUACGUUGGUUAAAGGAAGCGGUCCUGUUCAUAUAGUAGGGCAUAACCUUCUUGGUACACACAUGGAAGAGUUUGACGAUAUGGAUGAUGAGAUGGAGGAAGAGAACAUCGACGAUGACGAUGACGAUAAGGAACCAGACGACGAGGAAGACGACGAUGACGAACCCAAGAAGAAGAAUGCCAAAUUAACAACUGCAGCCAAAUACAAAAAUCAAGCUAAUAAGAACAAGAAAAAAUAAGCACGAGCCUUAAUACUACGGAAACACAAAAAAACUUUUAAGUUAGGCUAAUAAGCGUAAGUCCAUCAUUAUCAUCCGCAUUUUUGCGAAUCUAGUAUCGUUUCAUCAGAUUAUCAGACGACAUACGUCGCAUUUCACGUUUCUACGACACGACUGGACCAACGAAUUAUCAUAAAUGUUAAUCGUCAGGUUUUAUUGAUUCAUGGGACAGUAACGUUAUAACUGAUUGACAUAAUAUUUAACACAGAACGAGAUCGGCUUAAUAGUCGUUUUCGCGUGGUCUGUUUUAGCUGUACAUUUCUCGAAAUGCCUUGGAGGAAUGACCCCUAAAGCGGUAUUAGAUGAACUCUACGGAUAUUAAAAAUGUGAAUCGAAAAUUAUUUUUUUGACAAAAUUUUAUGGAGUUGAAAAGUUCAAAGGGCAUUCUUCCGAGAGCUGAUCGUAUACAAGGACUUGUUUUCAUCUUGUUGCAAUAGAGUCGACAGGGAAUCGAGGUUAGAAUAAACGCGGAAGUCCGUUGGCUAAAACGCGAGUAAUUGUUUUGGUCCAGUUGUUGUCGGUAAAAGCAGUGGAAAGCGCGGAUGGACCUACAGUGGAAGUGUAUUCGUAUUGUUUCCUUUUUGUCUUCUCCGAUGCCGUGUUCACACAUCGACACUUCCAGUGAUAUACGAAGGUACACUAUUCUAAUGUAGCUAUGUAAACGCGAUUCAA